CGCCUAUUCCCUGGUCUUUCUUUCUUUAACGAUGCUCCAUCCCCAUUCUCUUCCCUUUCCCUUCCGUUCUUUUGUUCUCUCCCCCUCCGCCACCCGCCCUGUUCCCCUUUUCCGCCUCCCCCACCCUCCUUUUCGCCCCUGCUCUGUUCAUACUCCGGCGGCUCUCUGUACAUAUUGCGCAUUUCCCAGCGACAUGGCUCCUCCUUCUUCUUCGAGCGUCAACCAUCUUUCUCAGCCCUGUAUUUACGGGGACUUUGUGUCUUCGUACGCAGAGAGAAAGUCACGUUUUAUGAAAUGGCUGGGGAAACUCUUUAAGAGUGGAUCUGGGCGAGGAGGGGCUCGUCGUUAUCCACAGUAUCUAGGCGACGAAAACAUGGUUUGGCACGCGCCUGCUAGAUCAGUGGAUGAUCGCUCUAGAAGUGACAAGGAAAAAGAGGAGCUUGACAGGGCAAUUGCACUUUCUUUGGCUGAAGAUGAUCUGAGGCGGCAAACUGGGAGUAGAUGGCGGGCAGACGAUGAAAACGUUGAUAGGGAGCUUAAUGAUAAUCUAAAUGCACCUUCAUACCCUCCUCACCAACCUACGCAAUCUUAUCCAAGAGGAGGAUAUAGAGUAUGUAGUGGCUGCAACCGUCAAAUAGGCUAUGGCAACUAUUUGGGAUGUAUGGGAACUUUCUUCCAUCCGGAAUGCUUUCUCUGUCGUGCUUGCAGGUACCCCAUUCAAGAAUAUGAGUUUUCCUUAUCAGGAAAGGAUCCUUAUCACCAGUCUUGCUUCAAGGAGUUGACACAUCCAAAAUGUGAAGUUUGCCAUCAAUUUAUCCCAACAAAUGGAGUUGGUUUGAUUGAGUAUAGAUGCCAUCCUUUCUGGUCCCAGAAGUACUGUCCGUCGCAUGAGCAUGACAACACAGCUCGAUGUUGUAGUUGCGAGCGUUUGGAGUCAUGGAACACAACAUACAUAUCUUUGGAAGAUGGACGAAGUUCAUGCCUAGAGUGCAUGGAAUCUGCUAUCAUGGACACUGGUGACUGUCAACCACUUUAUCAUGCAAUCAGAGACUACUAUGAAGGAAUGAACAUGAAAUUGGAUCAGCAAAUUCCAAUGCUUUUGGUUGAAAGACAAGCACUUAAUGAGGCUAUUGUUGGGGAAAAAAAUGGCCACCACCACAUGCCUGAGACAAGAGGUUUAUGUCUUUCCGAGGAGCAAACUGUGUCCAGUGUUCACAGAAGGCCCAGACUUGGAGGCCACAGGCUUGUUGGAAUGAAAACUCAACCCCAGAAAUUGACAAGGAAAUGCGAAGUUACAGCCAUUCUUGUUGUUUAUGGUCUACCAAGGUUGCUAACCGGUGCUAUUCUUGCGCAUGAGUUAAUGCACGGAUGGUUACGCCUUAAAGGUUACCGCGAUCUUACUACUGAGGUAGAAGAAGGUAUAUGUCAACUGUUAUCUUACAUGUGGCUCGAAUCAGAAGUCAUGCCUGCAAACAGAAGCGCGCCAUCUACAUCAGCAGCUUCCUCAUCUUCUACACCUUCCAAGAAAGGUGGUACGUCUGAGGUUGAAAAGAAACUUGGCGAGUUUUUCAUGCAUCAAAUUGCCAACGACGCUUCCCCAGUAUAUGGAGGAGGUUUCAGGGCUGCCAAUAAAGCAGUCAAUAAGUACGGUCUGCGACGUACUCUGGACCACAUUAGAUACACCGGUCUUUUUCCCUCGUGAAAGCAUUCGUCACCCACAAUGCGCCUCUCCAAUUUGCUUACGUGAAUUGGAAAUGCUUUUAGCUUCUGAGAUUCGAGUGGACCAUGGCAAAUUGUAAACGCCCCCCUUAAUUUUUGUGGGGUUCUCAAAGAUGCAAGUUUACGAUGCUAAUAAUAUUUAUUAUCUGGUUUCAUAUUCA